AGAGCGAGCGGCGGCUCUGCUGUGAGACCGGUCCUGUACAGCCACGGCUCCUCGUGCCACAACUUUCCUCCGUGGGCACACCGAGCACCUGCUCACCACGAGCCCCUGCACUGCCACUGCCGUGGUAACGGAGCUGGGGGCACUGGGGCCGUGCCCAGCACCUGGCUGCCACGUGGGCACCGGAGAGGGGCAGCUGCAUCCUUUGGCUUUGGAAGCGUGGUGGGGCUGAGACGGGGCCUCAUCCUGCCCCAGCGGAGCCCUCACCCACAGCAAUGCCACCCCAGGUCCCUGCGUGUACCUGCUGAACACCGGUGCCAACUGCAAGAUGGGUGCCAGGAUGGCGUUGGGCACCAGAGCGAGAGGGAUGCAGGUCAUAGCCUGGCCCAGAGCUGCCUCCUCUUGUGGUGAGCAAACAACCCCAGAGCUCAGCCCGGUGGUGUGAGUCUCCCCAGCACCAUGGCACUGGCUGGGUGAGCCCCACCAGUGGCACUGCUGAGGGUGAGGAAGAUGCCAACGCAGCUCCGGUGCUGCCCGGCCCGCUGUCCCCCUCGCCCAGCUAUAGCGGCCACCAGAGCUGAGCAAUGGAUUCCUUCUGCUUCGUCUGCUUCCAGAAAGAGGAGCUGCAGCCCCUGCACCUCCACAGCACAGCCAUGAGUGCCGGAUCGAUCGAGCAGGAGCCGUCGCGCAAGCUGGCGUGCUGCGGGGUGCCGCUCAUCACCGAAGACAUGCAGUCGUUGGCCAUCCGCACCCUCUCGGGCACCGACAUCAACAAACACUACGACCUCAUCCGCGAGCUCGGCAAGGGCACCUACGGCAAGGUGGACCUGGUGUCCCACAAAAGCACAGGCACCAAGAUGGCCCUGAAGUUCGUCAACAAGAGCAAGACGAAGCUGAAGAACUUCCUGCGGGAGUUCAGCAUCACCAACACGCUCUCCUCCAGCCCCUUCAUCAUCAAGGUCUUCGACGUGGUCUUCGAGACAGAGGACUGCUACGUCUUUGCUCAGGAGUAUGCCCCAGGAGGGGACCUCUUCGACAUCAUCCCCCCACAGGUGGGGCUCCCCGAGGACAUGGUGAAGCGCUGCGUGCAGCAGCUGGGCCUGGCGCUGGACUACAUGCACAGCAAGAGCCUGGUGCACCGGGACAUCAAACCGGAGAACGUGCUGCUCUUCGACCGCGACUGCCGCCGCGUCAAACUGGCCGACUUCGGCAUGACCCGCAAGGUGGGCUGCCGGGUGAAGCGCAUCAGCGGCACCAUCCCCUACACGGCGCCCGAGGUGUGCCAGGCCGGCCGCGCAGAGGGCUUCGCCGUGGACACCAGCAUCGACGUCUGGGCCUUCGGGGUGCUCAUCUUCUGCGUCCUCACCGGGAACUUCCCCUGGGAGGCGGCGGCCGCCUCCGACACCUUCUUCGAGGAGUUCGUGCGGUGGCAGAAGGGCCGCCUGGCGGGGCUGCCCUCGCAGUGGCGGCGCUUCACGGACAGCGCGCUGCGCAUGUUCCAGCGCCUGCUGGCCCUCGACCCCGAGAAGCGCUGCCCCGUCAAGGAGGUCUUCUACUUCAUCAAGUACGACCUGAUGGCCGAGGUGCGCCGCCGGCCCUCCUACCGCUCCCGCAAGCACGCCGGGGACAAGCUGCCCGCCGGGCCGCACCGCCACGAGCCCACCGCCUCCUGCACGCCCACCCCGCUCAAGAGGACCAUCCUGACCGACGGCCCCGGCACGCGGCUCAACGGCCCCGAGCCCAGCGCGGCCUCGUCCGGCCCGGCCGGCAGGACAGACGGACGGCAGGACAAGGGCAAGGGGCAGAUGGUGCUGGCCACAGCGAUAGAGAUCUGUGUCUGAGGGCGCGGGGCGGUGCGUGGCCCCGCUCCCGGCGGCACCGUCCCGUCCCUUGGCACAGGGGCUGCGGGUGGCUGCAGGGCCGGGGGCUGCGCCUCCGUACGCAGAAACAAGAAGAGGACAGAACUGGUUGCGCUCAGUAGCACUGAGGAUGCCGGUGCCACCGUCUGCUCAGGAGGGCAGGAGCCGGGGGGCGCCGGUGCUGCUGUCCCCAACCCGGCGGCUGCGCUCCCCCUCUGGGACCCCCCCACGGUGCCCUGGGGAGAGGUCCCCCGUGACAACGCGACGGGGCUGUGCGGGGGCCCUGGGAAGGCCGAUGACCCCACGCUUGGAGGAGGCCUUCCGGGUGGCCCCUGACCCACGCCGGGCACCAGGAGGGGACGAGGGGGCCGGGAUGGAGGGGAUCCCCCCGGCCGCUCCCUGCCACGAUGUAGCAAGUGUCACUGUGUGUCACCCCAUCCUCCCUGCCCGGAGCGAUGGCCGCAGCGAUGCUCUCCGACUGGGGGGGACAGCUGGCCGGGAGCCACGGGGUCACCCUGAGGACCCCCACGCCUCCGUCCCCUCCGGCCCCCAACUACCGCACAAAGGGCUAUCACGCUCCUGAAGCAGCAGCAGUUUACACAGCAGCCGCCAGGCAGGUGGGGUCCCACCGCCCCCACGCCCCCACCACCAGCGCUGCUGCCCCGUCCCCGUGCCCCCAUGUCCCCACGUCCCCACAUCCCCACGUCCCCACGUCCCCAUGCCCCCACGUCCCCACGUCCCCGUGUCCCCCCGCCCGCAGGGCCCAGGUCUGGUGGUAGAAGUAGCACUGCACAGAUGUAGAGAUGUUAGGUGCGGUUCGUCCUCCUUUUUGCCUUAGGUCCCUCCACGUCCCCCCCGAUCUUUCGUGCAAUAAUGUAGAUAAGGAACCCCGGUGCCGAUGGCCGCCGUGCCGCUCCGUGUCGGGUUUUUAUUUCGGGUUCCCCCGGCCGCCGGGCGCCGGACCUUCUUCCCAUAGGAGAGGCUGUAGUGUCACAGACGUUACCUCAGUUUGUCACUGUCGAAAAGAAAAGCAAAAAGCAAAAAAAAAAAAAAAAAGCAACGAAAUACAUUAAAACAGAGGAAAAAACAAAACAAAAGCAAAGACAGAAAGGCGUCGUUCUGACAGCCCCAAAACGCUGAGGGGUGCGGGAAGGAGACGUCCCUGCAGGGAGCAGCGCAGGGAUGGGGGCGCGGGGACGAUCCCCGAUGGCACCGCCUGACUGCAGCGUGGAUUCCAGCCACGUCGGCAGGCUAAUUUCAAUUUCCUGCUCAUUAUGCAAAUGAAUGUGGAUUUAAUUAAGGGCAGAUUUCAUUAAAGUCUUCUAGGGGAAAUGAGAGCGGGGUGGGGGAGAGGAGGAGGAGGAGAGGGGAAGGAGGGACGAAGGCAGCGCCCAAACAGGAGGUGAAUGUCUGCGGGGGCCGCUGGGAUGGGGCUGUUGAGGGAUUGGGGCACACGGACGCACCGUGGGGACACGGGGUGGGCACUGAGCCCCGCGCAUCCACCAACGCCUGCUGGUCCAACCCCUCACAUCGGGGCAGGGAAAGCAUUUCUCGGCCACGUGAUUAUUAUUUUUAUUUUAUCCGGCUAAAAAUACAGACGUGGCCGCACCGAAGCCCCGGGCAAUCACUGUGGCUGCCAGCGGGCCGUGGCUGCGAGGAGCCCCCCGUCCCCGUGCAGAUGAGAGGCGAGCUGCGCUUUGACACCUCGGCCCACCCGCUGCUAACCCGGAGCGAAGCAGCCCAUCUCUCCCAGCCCAUUCCCCCCCCCGCAGCACCCAGACCCCCCUGGCGCUGUGCUGUGUGCCCUGGCACCGCUGCACCCCCAAAGCACAGCGUUCCCAGAGUGUGGUGACCCCACAGCACGGCGGCCCCCAAAGCGCAGCAUCCACCGACCGUCUCCCAGCCGUGGCUGAGCCACUCAUUCCAAGCACAGCCAACCAAUGCCACGUUGGUGCCACGCUCUGAACCCCAAACAGCCCUUUCUAAGGCAACACUGUGCCACCACCAAACGCUGUGCAGGCUGCGUCCCCACCGUGGUGGCACUGAAGUGGUGCAGAGAUGCGGGGGAUGCAGAGCAGUACGGGGAAGGGAUCCCUCACUGCGCUCUGUGCAGCUGCUGGAGCUUCCAGAGAUCGGGGUGUUGGGAGGAGAUGCGACUCGUGGUGGUGGUGGAGAUCUGAGCCCCCCACGUCGGGGUGCUGCCAAGGCCCGGUGCCUCUCCUGUGCUGCUCAGAGCUGUCCCCUGCCUGCCCUUCGUCAGGGCUCUGCUGCUCUCUGCGCUGCCGGAUGCUGUGCUGGAUGGUGUCAGGGCCCCGUAGGGACAAACUGCCUGCAAUGGGCAUGAAAACCCAUCCCAAGGUAGGGAGAAAUCCAGCCCCCACAUAGGAUGUUUCAGCCGGUGGCAGGCUGAGCUUCCCAUCCCACCCCAUCCCAUCCCUACCACA